AUGGAGAAUACAAUGGAAAAUGAUGCAAGUGAAUCUUUUGAAGCCCGAAUGAGUCGAAUCCAACAAAUGCUUACAGCCUUGAUAGAAUCUUUGAGGCAACAACCUUUGCCCCCUCCACCCCCGCCAGUGCUAGUUGAACCGGAUAACAAUAACAUCAUAAAUCUCACUCAAAAGUUUAUGAAGAUGAAACCGUCGACUUUCUCGGGUGGUAUUGAACCACUAAAAGCAGAAACAUGGUUACUCGAGAUAGAAAAAUUAUUUGAAGUGUUUCCUUGUUCUGAGACUCAGAAAGUUCUCUUGGCCACCUAUGCUCUAAAAGAUGAAGCUCGAAGAUGGUGGUUGCUGAUCCAAAAUAAUAAUGGAAUCAUGUCAUGGGCUCAAUUUAAUGAGAUCUUCUAUGAUAAGUACUUUCCUCAGUGCUUUCAGGACCGAAAGAAAGCUCAAAAAUUUGAGGAGGGAUUGGACUUGGAUGUAUUUGAUCUAGUAGGCGUCUUGAAAUUGCCCGCAUAUGUAGAAGUACUUGACAGAGCAUUGAUAGUAGAGGCUACAUUACCAGCAGAGAAACAAUCCAAAGCAUUAACAACUGAAUGGGGAGAGAAAAGAUCUGGAUUCAGUUUUAAGAAAGGCCGUUCAUUUGCUAUAAGUAAGAAGCAAAAUACGGGGUCUACUAGCAGUUCAAGUCAAAGCAGCGGGUUUGUAUCUAUUUGUGCUCAAUGUGGAAGAAGACAUAGUAGGGUUUGCAUCGGAUAUCUGGUGCUUGCUUCCGGUGUGGCAAGACGAGCCACAUGA